CGCCCGCCGCCUGCCGCGGAUCGCGUGGUCGGCUCGGCUCGCCGCGCCUCUCCCCCGUCCGUCCAUAUUGCUGCAGCCCCCGAGCCGGGAAGCCCGGGCUGCCCCGGCGGCGGGGGGGAGGGAAGUACGGGACGAGAAGCCUGCCAGGCUCGGGGUGGGGGUGCCUUGCGAGGAACGGGCGGGGGGGGACGCGCGCCAAGGAGGCCUGGACCGCAGAGUGGGGGGCCUUCCUCCCCCCCCCCCGCCCCGCCAGCGGGCCUCGGAUCUAAGGCGGCUGCAUCCAACUGGGAGUGGGACCGCGCCUAGCGUGAAUCCCGACCCUUGUCUGCAGGGACCGGGGCCCAGCGCUCCGGAGGAAGGCGUCGCGGGCGCUCUGAGAGCCAAGUUCGAGGCGGGGGAGGCCGCCUCGGGCGCGCCCGGCUUCUCCGGGGGGGCGGGCGCGCAGAUGGCCACUCAGGUGGAGCCGCUGCUGCCGGGGGGCGCCCCGCUCUUGCAGGCCGAAGAGCACGGGGGGCUGGUGAGGAAGAAGCUGCCGCCGCCGCCCGAAGGCAAGGGCGAGCCCGGGGCGAACGACGUCGGAGGGGGGGAGCCGGACGGCGGCGUCCGGAGAUCUCGGCCACCCUGCGCCAAGCCACACAAGGAGGGUACCGGGCUACUGGAGCGCGAGAGCCCGCGGCCUCCUCAGCCACCCGGCGCCGAGGGCCUGGCCUUCAGCGACGGGGAGGAGGGCGGCGGCGGCGAGCCGGGCGCUGGUGGAGCGGCCGGAGCCGCGGGCGCCGGGCGCCGAGACUUCGUAGAGGCCCCUCCGCCCAAGGUGAACCCGUGGACUAAGAACGCUCUGCCGCCGGUCCUGGCCACCGUGAACGGACAGUCUCCUCCAGACCACAGAAGCAUAUAUACCCCACCGGAAAACUUUCUGGGAGAGGACCCACACAAACCUUUAGACAGCAGGAAUCUCUACGGGACCCUGGUGGCCCAGCCUGGAGGUCCCAGCUCUACCCCUCUGGCCACCCUGAAACACUCUGCUCCGGCCAAGGUGGUGAGAGCAGCAGUUCCUAAACAGCGCAAAGGCAGCAAGGUUGGUGACUUUGGAGAUGCAAUCAACUGGCCCACACCUGGAGAGAUAGCCCACAAGAGUGUGCAGCCACAGUCCCACAAGUCUCAACCUGCCCGUAAGCUGCCGCCCAAAAAGGACAUGAAGGAGCAGGAGAAAGGAGAGGGGAGCGAUAGUAAGGAGAGCCCCAAAACCAAGUCGGACGAAUCGGGGGAGGAGAAGAAUGGGGACGAGGACUGCCAGCGAGGGGGGCAGAAGAAGAAAGGGAACAAACACAAGUGGGUCCCCUUGCAAAUAGACAUGAAGCCUGAAGUAUCCAGAGAGAAACUGGUCUCGCGCCCUGCUCGUCCACCAGAGCCACGACACGCACCUCCCAACCGCGGGGAGAUCAAAGGGUCUGAGCCUGCCACCUACGUGCCUGUGCCUGUGGCCCCCCCCACCCCAGCCUGGCAACCAGAGACCAAACAGGAACCUACCUGGCACGAUCAGGAUGAGACAUCGAGUGUGAAGAGUGAUGGGGCUGGUGGGGCACGGGCUUCCUUCCGCGGCCGUGGACGGGGGCGUGGUCGCGGCCGGGGACGCGGCCGGGGUGGCACUCGAACUCACUUUGACUACCAGUUUGGCUACCGAAAGUUUGAUGGUGCAGAGGGUCCUCGAACCCCCAAGUACAUGAACAACAUCACCUACUACUUUGACAAUGUCAGCAGCACUGAGCUUUACAGCGUGGACCAGGAGCUGCUCAAAGACUACAUCAAGCGCCAGAUUGAAUACUACUUCAGCGUAGACAAUUUAGAGCGAGACUUCUUCCUGCGACGGAAAAUGGAUGCCGACGGUUUCCUUCCCAUCACUCUUAUUGCUUCCUUCCACCGAGUGCAGGCCCUUACCACUGACAUUUCACUCAUCUUUGCGGCCCUAAAAGACAGCAAAGUGGUGGAGAUUGUUGAUGAGAAAGUCCGCAGGAGGGAGGAACCAGAGAAAUGGCCUCUUCCUGGUCCCCCGAUAGUGGAUUAUACCCAGACUGAUUUCUCCCAGCUUCUCAACUGCCCCGAGUUUGUGCCCCGCCAGCACUACCAGAAGGAGACAGAGUCGGCGCCUGGCUCUCCUCGUGCAGUCACCCCAGUGCCAACCAAAACAGAGGAGGUCAGCAACCUGAAGACACUGCCCAAGGGCCUGUCUGCCAGCCUGCCUGACCUGGAUUCUGAGAACUGGAUUGAAGUGAAGAAGAGGCCUCGGCCUUCCCCAGCACGACCCAAGAAGUCAGAGGAGCCCAGGUUCCUCCACCAGACUGCUUUGCCUCAGCAGCUGCCCUCUCAGCAGCUGAUGUCCAAGGAUCAGGAUGAGCAAGAGGAACUGGAUUUCCUGUUUGACGAGGAGAUGGAGCAGAUGGAUGGACGGAAAAACACCUUCACCGCUUGGUCUGAUGAGGACUCUGACUAUGAGAUUGACGACCGGGAUGUCAACAAGAUCCUCAUUGUUACUCAGACGCCACCUUACAUGCGACGGCACCCAGGGGGGGACCGCACAGGCAACCACACCUCGCGUGCCAAGAUGAGUGCCGAGCUGGCCAAGGUCAUUAACGAUGGGCUCUUCUACUAUGAGCAGGACCUGUGGACUGCGAAGUUUGAACCUGAGUAUUCCCAGAUUAAGCAAGAAGUCGAGAACUUCAAGAAAGUCAACAUGAUCAGCCGCGAGCAGUUUGACACACUAACCCCUGAGCCCCCAGUGGAUCCCAACCAGGAGGUCCCUCCUGGACCACCCCGAUUCCAACAAGUUCCCACUGACGCCCUGGCCAACAAGUUGUUUGGUGCUCCUGAGCCCUCUACUAUCGCCCGCUCUCUACCAACCACUGUCCCAGAGUCGCCAAACUACCGCAAUGCCAGGACCCCCCGCACUCCCCGGACACCGCAGCUCAAAGACUCAAGCCAGACAUCACGGUUUUACCCAGUGGUGAAGGAAGGACGGACACUAGAUGCCAAGAUGCCUCGGAAAAGGAAAACAAGACACAGCUCCAACCCCCCCUUGGAGAGUCAUGUGGGCUGGGUGAUGGAUUCCCGAGAACACAGGCCCCGGACUGCUUCCAUCAGCUCCAGCCCCUCAGAAGGGACGCCUACGGUUGGCAGCUAUGGCUGUACCCCUCAGUCGCUGCCCAAGUUCCAGCAUCCUUCCCAUGAGCUGCUCAAGGAAAAUGGCUUCACACAACACGUCUACCACAAGUAUCGUAGGCGCUGCCUUAAUGAGCGGAAACGCUUGGGCAUUGGCCAGUCUCAGGAGAUGAACACUCUCUUCCGCUUUUGGUCCUUCUUCCUCCGAGAUCACUUCAACAAAAAAAUGUAUGAGGAGUUCAAGCAGCUGGCUCUGGAGGAUGCUAAAGAAGGCUACAGAUAUGGUUUGGAGUGCCUUUUUCGAUACUACAGUUAUGGCCUGGAAAAGAAAUUCCGGCUGGACAUAUUCAAAGAUUUUCAGGAGGAAACCGUGAAGGACUAUGAAGCCGGUCAACUCUAUGGGCUGGAGAAAUUCUGGGCCUUCUUGAAAUAUUCCAAAGCCAAAAAUUUGGACAUUGACCCCAAACUUCAGGAAUACCUCGGCAAAUUCCGACGUCUCGAAGACUUCCGAGUGGAUCCCCCCAUGGGUGAAGAGGGCAACCACAAGCGACACCCAGUGGCAGCAGGAGGUGGUGGCGGUGAGGGCAGGAAACGGUGCCCCUCCCAGUCUUCCAGCCGGCCCACCCCCGUGAUCAGCCAACCCCCCACACCACCCACCGGCCAGCCCAUCCGGGACGAUGCCAAAUGGACAAGCCAGCACUCGGACACACAGACUUUGGGAAAGUGAAAAACCCCUUAGCCCUGGGGAGUUUUGGGGGGGAGGGUCGGGCAAGAGUCCAUAGGGGUGCCCAGUCCCAGAAGAGCGGACAGAGAAGGGACAGGCCGAGAGUCAUUGGGAUGGGCCUUCGUGCUGAGUAGCAGUGCGCACACCAUCUGGGCUAUCAGAGGCAGCCUGGGCAGGAACCUCCAUAUCCCCUCUCCCCCCUCUCCAUGGCCCGUCUUCACAUCCUAGCUUCUUCUAAGGGGGGAGGGGAAGGGGGGAGAUUUUUAUAUAUAUAUAUAUAUAUAUAUAUAUAUACAUAUACAUAUAUAUAUAUCAAGUUUUAAAUUAUUGAUAGUUUGUCUGGAUUACCAAAAUCACUCUGCAGCCCUGCCCGCGGCUGGUAGGCCGCAACCCUGGUUCCCACCCCACAGCCUCCUGCGCCCCCUCAAGCCAACUAUGCAGCCCACGAGAAGGCCCCGUGGGCCCCAUUGCCCAGUACUGUCCAUGGAAGGCUCUGGCAGCGCCCCUGGGUUCCACGAGCACCAGCCCCUUUAUCACCUGGGGCUUGCCAUCUCCGUGUUCUGUCCUCUCCCUGCUGUCCCCACCAUACCCUUCUGCCAUCUUCCGGGAGAAGGAAACCAAAGGAUCUAAAAGCGGAGGCGGGGAAGGUUUGGACCUUUCCCCACUCCUCUCUCCACGCCCCUUAUUCCCAAGCCUAGAGGGACGCUGCUCAUACCAGAAAAGACUAUUGAGAGAUGAUUUAUUUUAUUUUUCUCUGACCUUUUCAUCCUUGGGGAAGGAAAAAAAAAAAAAAGACAAAAGCGACCAUAAAAGACCAAAAAAAAAAAAAAAUCCGAAACCCCCACCUAAUCCACAGAAAGUAAUGUCUUUCCCCUAUCCUUGGAAUUCGUUUUUUGUUUUGUUUUGUUUUGUUCUUGGAAAUAAUAUUUUUUUAAAAGUUGCCUUAUUGUGGAGCGGGAAUCUGAAAUAACCCAAAUGCCUGUUUUCCUCGGUGGAGUCAACUUGAAGAGCCCCACCUUCUCUGGAUGUGCCUGGGCUGGAUGGGCUAGAAUCUUUCUCUGGACUAAGUUGCAUGUACAGUGCCUCCUGCCUGGAGGCGAGAGAGUUGGGGCGGCUUGGAUGAGAGCCGUGCCCGAAAUAUCCCUGCUGUUGCAUCGUUUGAAGCUGACGUCCUGUGUCUGUACACUGCUGCCACUGUUGUGUCCUCACUCUGCUUGCUGUUGCCUCAAGCCAGGCCCUGUCCUGCCGUGACACCCUUCAUCCUACCCUCAGAACCCUAAGGCCAAGUUUGCUUCAAACUGUUGGCGAAGAGUAUUGGCCUGGAUCUGGGGCACACAUGUCCUCAUCUUGACCGUCUCCCCACCUCGGGAAAGGUGAACACCUGGCAGUGGAGGCUUGGAAACCUUUCUUGUGUUGGCCUGAAAGAUCUUGGAGACCUCAAGGAGCUUUGUCUCAUAAAAGGUGGAGGAAAAUGCCAUUCUUCUCCCUUGGGCCUGGUGGGGUCUCCCACAUUGCAUCCCCCUCUGCAAGUCAUCUCUGCCCAUCCUCCAAUUGACCCUGCCUGGGAACGAGGGAGGAGGGGAGGAGGAGGUGGGGCCUACGGGGAGCUCUGCCAGUUGGAGAAACCCUGCGGCAGGAAGGUAUAUGUGGACAUAGAGUAUACCUGACUUCUCCAGCCACAGACUGCUUGGGUUGGGCUGUGACUGACAAUGAAUGGCUGGAGUCGACUGGAGUCUGAAGCUAGGGAGGGUGACGAAGGACUGACACACACAGACUGGACUGUGUGUCAGGUGCAGGCGUGACGAUGCGUUGACCUCUGGUGGGGACCAGGCAGCACAGAGAAGUUCAUGGUAGUGUUGCUCAGUCGCUGACACUUCCUUGGCCCUCUUUUUCAACUGCUCCCUCUGUUGGGCUCAAAGGCUGGGAGUAGGAACUAGUAUCCCAGGCCGGCAAGGGCUUGCCUCUGUCUUGGCCACCCUACGGCUCUCGGCCUACACUUUCCCUCAUCUCUGCCCUUCCAGUGAUCAGUAUGUGGGAAGCCCAUCGCAGUUCCUCUGACCCAGGUGUCUCAAAAGCCAAGGAUGAGUGUCUGAUCUCUGCUCUGACGAUGGGAGCUGAGGCCUUUCCCUGCCCAGCCUGGCGGCCUGCCUCACAUUGUGUCGGACACUGGACUCCUGCACCCCAGCCUCUUUCUUGCUUCAUUUCCGCCUUUCUUUCCUUCAGGUUGCUCAGCCCUGUACUGUAUCCAGCACCACAGAAACCUCAGUGUUUGUCCUCUGCUGGGUUUGGGGGCACAAGGAAGCCUUGGGAAUGUAGAGAAAGGCUAUUAUAAUCUAGAGUUGACUACCAGGCCAGGGGGCUGUCAUCUUCUCCCUGAUCCUCCCACAGACAUCCCAGAAAGAGGAAGCCCCUUUGGGGUGAAGAGGUGAGGACUUCAUCUCAACAUAGACUGAGGAUGGGGAGGAAGGAGACUUUUUCUUUCUUUUUCUUCCUUUUUUUUUUUUUUUUUUUGUAACAUGUUAGGAGUUGAUGUUGCAAAGAGUAGUUUACAUCUUCACUUUCUGAAGACACUUGAAUUUAGGACCGAUGUAUCUGUGACAAACGUGGCAGGGGCCAUCAGGGAUUGCCACUUGACACUCACCAUCCUCCCAUGGGGAUCCUAGAUCUGAGACAGAGCAACAGCCUGCCCAAAAUCCUGUUCGUCCCAUACCCUUCCAGGAUUGGCCCAUGCCAACAAAACCUUUGGGCAUCAAACAUCAGGUCUGGGUGCCUCGACCCUGCUAAGGGGCAAGCUUCUCUCACCCUCCCUGGACCUUGGAGCAAAUGCACUACCAGUAUAGAGGGGCUGCCCAGCCCUGCUGCAGCCUGGACCCCCCGGGCUCAGAGCCAGUUGCUGAGCCCCCCAUGUCAAAGUUGUUACGUUUUGUUUUGUUCCAUUUUCACUCUUUUUUUUUCCCCCUUUGCUGAUUGAUUUUACAAAAGAAAGUAAGCUGCUCGGAAGGCCCUGGAAGUGGAGAGCAGGGGCAAGGAAGACAACUACCUGAGGAGGGUUGGGGUGGGGUUUGUUUUUGUUUUUUUGUUUUUUGCCAAAAGCCUGGGUAGAGUGGUCUGGUUCAUCUGGCGCCCUCCUAAGUGGGACCUCAAAGGAUCUCUUGUGUGGAAGGGUCCCUGGAUUUGCCCCAGCCCCACCCUCUCCUUCAGCCAUGUUGAUGGCAGAGGCAGAGAAGAUUGGAACUUACAGCCCAUUUCUCACUGGAGAGGAAAACUUGUCAUCUGGCUUUGUGGAGAAGGUUCCACCUUAUGCUCAUAGUACAUUAUCUUUACCAUGUGCUAGGAUAUCACAUUUAAGAGGACAAAAAAAAAAUGUAAAAUACUUGAAUGAGCUUGUAUUAUAACAUUAAUAUUAUUGAGAGUAUCUGCUUUCCAGGCUGAAGUGAUUCAUUCAUUAUUCUAGUCCUGCUUUAGUCCUUUGUAAUUUGUGGUAAUUAUGCUUUUCUUUUUAAUACAAAAAAAAUGUAUAAAAAUAAAAACUUGAAAAGGCACAAUACUGGCUGGUCUCCCAUCUGGGGUACAGCUGUUGGGGGUGAGGGAUGGAGCUUGAUGAGGGAGGAGCCUUGCGCUGCACAUGGGACAGUGGCGGGGCUCUGCCAUUGGACUUUGGGGGAGUCUGCCUAAGACGGGCCCCUUAGCCACUGCUACUGCAUCCAGGUGAAUUCCUCAGUGGCCUUGAGUGCUGCCGGCCUUGAAUUCACGUAUGCCUUGUGUUUCAAGUGAGAUGUGGGAGCUACAGCCAGUGCCACAGAACAGACUGCCCAACAGAAUUCCAGGGUUCCCUGCCCUGGCGGUGGCCUAGUUUUGUGGGAGGAGACGGCCAAGAAGAUGGAGGCUGCUGUGAUUUCUCACAGGAGGGUCAGCACGGCCUCACUGAACAGACAACACUUCAACACUGGCCUUCUGGAAUCCAGGUCAGCCACGGAGCUCGGAGGGUUGGUGGUAGGGCGGGAUGGGACGGUGAGCGUCGUGCCCCCUCCUCCCGUCACUGCCCUCUGGGCUGUUGGUGUCACUUCCCUGACCCGUAAGGCCAGGUGCUGUCAGUGGUAAAAUUCCAGUCUGGCCUAGAUGUGUAAUUACAAAAUAAAAAUGAGGUGUGGCCUGA